AUGCCUGAUAAUUCUUCGUCCCAAGGCGCGAAAUCAAAGAAGAACAAGAAGAAGGCUGCGAAAGCCAAGGAGAAUGCCGAACAGGCCGAUGCCGAGUCGGUAGGUGCUCCUGACCAGACCGAGGAUACAGCUCAGGACGAUCCCGAUGGACCAGGCGACGAUGUAGAAAACCCCUCCACCGAUGCCCCUCCACCCGAUAGCAGCGCGCUAAAUCAAUCGGCCAAUGGUGACGAAUCCGGUGAUGUACUACGCGAGGCGCAAGAUAUCCAACCCGCCGCGACCAAGAUUGCGACCGAGUCAGAGCCCAAAGACCGCUUCGAUGCGCUGGUUCGAGACCGAGACUCCCUCCGGGCCGAAGUCACCGACCUGCGGAAAUCACUCGAAGAGAUCCAGUCCAAACACCGAGUAGAAACAGAGACUCUACAGGAGAAAUUGGAAGAUACAGAGUCCAAGAAGGAACAGGCAGAAACUCAGUUCCAGAAGCUCUUGGAGCGGGUGAACAUCAUUAAAUCCCAACUGGGAGAGCGUCUCAAGGAGGAUGAGGAGGAAUUGGCCCAAGCGCGAUCUCAGAUCGAGGAGCUAGAGGACGAGAACGUAAAUCUAAAGUCACAGCUCGAAUCCAAGUCAACGGAGUUUGCGGACCUCCGCGAUGAAUCGGCUCAGCAAUCUAAAGAGAUCGCGACGCUGCGGGACCGGACAACAUUGUCUCAGCAGAAUUGGCUGAAAGAGAAGCAAGAAUUACUCGAGCAGGAGUCUUAUCUGCAAUCCGAGUUCGAACAGGCCAAGGAAGCCAUGCAUAACUGGGAAGUGCUUGCCAUGGAGGAACGGUCUGUUCGGGAGAACUUGGGCGAAAAAGUUGUUGACCUCGAGGAGCAACUCGCUAACCUCCGCGAUGCCUACGAAAAAGCCACCAAUGAUCGCGACACUCAGCAAUCUACUGUCGAUGGUCUGCAACGAGCAUUGCAAGAGAUCCAAGCAGCUCGGAAACAGGAGCUUCGUGAGCUGGUCGAGAGUUCAGAUUCUCAAUUGGAGGAGCUGAGACGAUCUUUACGAGAGGCACAGCAACAAGCCAACGAUGCAGACAAGAACAUUCGAUCCGCACAGGAGGAGCUGGAUCGAGUGCGGCCCUUCGAGAAGGAAGUGAAGGAGAAGAACCUUCUCAUCGGAAAGCUGCGUCAUGAAGCAGUCACGCUGAACGACCACCUCACCAAGGCCCUGCGAUUCCUCAAGAAGGGGAAACCAGAAGAUAACGUGGAUCGAUAUAUCGUGACCAAUCACCUACUGCAUUUCCUGGCAUUAGAUCGAUCGGAUCCCAAGAAGUUCCAAAUCCUGCAGCUCAUAGCAGCCCUCCUGGGCUGGGAUGAUGAACAACGAGAACAAGCUGGGCUCGCUCGACCAGGCGCUUCAAGUAGUUCUGGCAAACUUCGGAUUCCCGGGACUCCCCUACGGACUCCCAGCACACCCAACCUAGCCGAAUUCAUGGACAAUGGAGCAGCCAGCAAGGAAACGCUAGCGGAGCUAUGGUCCAAUUUCUUAGAGCAAGAAGCAGAGGCGGGCAGCUUGAGCGCGUCGAGAAGAGGAAGUCAUGCUGGGCCCGGGCCCGCUCGAUCAUAA